AUGGCGAUCGAAGUCGUCGACUUGACCGAGGCAGAUAUCCCUGGUGUUAUCCAGGUGAUCCAGCAAGCCUUUUCUGACGACCCGUACUUUAAAUGGGUAUUUGAUGAACCGUCGUUCAACGCACAAAGAAACUACGACUCACUAGCCGCCCGAUGCCGCUGGGGCAUCAACAACGCCAUUUUCCAAGUCGCCAAAGAAACCACUUCUCCCAACAACUCACCCACACCCAUCCUCGGCGUCUCCUGCUGGCUAGCCCCCCAUCCAUCCAACCAACCCGAAUCCUGGUACUCCUGGACCCAAUCAUGGCUCCUCUCCUUCCGCCAACUAAUCACCAACAUCCGGCAUCGCGGCCACGGCGGUCUCCGCACGAAUCGGUAUUGGAUCUGGAAAACUCGACAGCAAGAAGCGCAGGCGUCUAUCUGGGAUGAUCCCCGGGGUUAUUACUUUUGUAAUAUUGUUGCGGUGAGUCCUGAGGCGCAGGGCAAGGGGGUGGGGAGGAUGCUUUUUGAGGCUGUUACGAAGAGGGCAGAUAGGGAGGGGGUUAAGUGUUAUCUUGAGAGUUCGAAGAAUGUGCCUAAUGUUAUGAUUUAUGAGAGGAUGGGGUUUGAGAUGAAGAUGGAGAUGGAGUGUAGGGAUGGUGAGGAUGCUUGUAUGCUUUAUUGCAUGGUCCGUGAGCCUAAGACUGAGUGA